AUGGCGGAGCUGUUACGUCUUGGCAAACUGGGGGCACCGAGCUAUAUAAAGGCGCAUGUAAAUCAUUCGCGUGGACAACAACAACUAACGGAACUGUUAGACCAUCUUUUGGAUCCUCGGAAACCUUUAGAUAACUGGGACACUUUAGACUGGUGUCGAAGUCUGAUUGCAGGUGGAGGACCGUUCGACACAUUCGCGAAAACAGUUCGCAUGUAUGACAAUGCCACGGCCUGUGGUCUUGUUUGGACGGCUAAUUUUGUGGCUUAUCGGUGUAGGACUUGUGGCAUUUCACCAUGUAUGUCACUGUGUGCAGAUUGUUUUCAAGGAGGUGAUCACACAGGCCAUGAUUUUAAUAUGUUCCGAAGCCAGGCCGGAGGGGCGUGUGACUGCGGCGACAUCAGUGUUAUGAAAGAGGCUGGGUUUUGCCCCCAACAUGGACAAAAUGAGCCAUCAAGAAAAGUUGCCGUUCCAAAUGAUCUCCUCAUCAUGGCAGAAAAUAUCUUACCACGGAUCAUUCUUAGGUUUAUUCAGCAUCUUAGGGAUAAUCACAAGCCAGAGGCGUAUGUAGGUGCCAUACAAGAAGCAGAAGGAUUGUUAGGGUUACUGCAUGAUUUGUGUAAGAUGGGAGGUGCUAUGCAUAGUAUUAUUACAAGGGUUAUCACCAAUCCACAGCUUUAUAAAAACCUAACAGACUCUACAAAUACAGCGAUGAAAUACAAGGUUGACAAAAGUACCAAAUCAUAUGGUGAAGUGAGUGAAGAAAACUAUCAGGCUGCCUUACAAUCCAUGGAUGUACCACAUAAUAUACCAAGACAUUUAAGUGAUACACCUGGUUUGCAGAGCGAGCUAAUACAUAAAACAUUUCUUGAAGAAUUGGUAUUUUGGGCUGUCAAGUAUGAAUUUCCACAGAAGGUUGUAACUCUGUUACUCAAUUUGCUUCCAUAUAACGAUUAUAAGGAGCCAUUUACUAGGGCCUUUGUACAACACUACAGUCGCAUAUCUGUGGCAUUGUCUCUGACAGAGAAUCCUGGUACACUAUCUAAUAGAGUUGUACAUAUUAGUGUACAGCUGUUCAGUAAUGAAGUGCUUGCUACUAAAAUGGUGGAUGAAAUGCAGUUAUUACAUAUAAUGAUUGUAUCAUUACUGAGUAUGAUAGAAACGACUCUCAUUCCGAGCACUAUAGGAGAGCCAGAUCAGAAUUUCCACAUGGUUGUUAAUUGUGCUGAUGCCAUAUUAGUAAUGAAUCAUUAUUGGCCAAUUGUUAGUGAUUUUAUCAACGUUCUCUCCCAUAAACCUGUUGCUGAAAGAUUCCUCAAAGACAACACACUUCUUAAAUAUUGGAUGAUGUUUCUUUCAGACUUCAAUGGAAUGAAUCUCAACAUACGAGAAUUAACGCAACAUGUGGAGUUUGAACCACAGACAUAUUAUGCAGCUUUCUCUACAGAAUUAGAAGCGUGUUCUGCUCCCAUGUGGCAAAUAGUGGCGCAUUGUCCUGAUAAGAAAACUCUACCAUUCUCUAAGAAUGUUAUUACUGUAUGUAUGGAUCACCUACAGGAUUGGUUUGAUGCCCUCAAUAUAUCUGAUUGUCCCAAUCGAUAUCAGAUCUCUUAUCACCUUCCUCUUCACAGAUAUUUUGCAACCUUACUAAGCCAGGCGAUUCGUAAACAAGAUGCUAAGAUCACGGAUUUCAAUAUGAGUGAGGAUUUCUUACGGAGGUUAAUGGUGCAUCCUCUGGCCAUACAGGUUGCUAACUGUGAGAUACACUGUGGUUUGUGGGUACGUAAUGGUUUACAGAUCCGUGGACAAGCUAUGACAUAUGUACAGAGUCAUUUCUGUAAUUCAAUGAUGGAUCCUGAUCUGUUUAUUAUUCAGCUAUGUGGAUCUCAACUUGAUCCAGAUUACUUUGUAUACAAGAUACUGGAGAGAUUCUCCGUACUAGACUGGAUUACAUUUGCCCCAAAGCACAUAAAUUCAAUCAUUGAUUCUGACAAGGAGAUACCAAUGCUGGAGGGUACACUUACAUUUAUUGCAAUGUUGAUGAACUCCAGAUUACUCUUAGGUCUGUCAGACAAAGAGAUUUUACAGUUGGAGAUGGUGACACAGUUAUGUGCUCAUGACAGGACUCACAGUCAGCUUAUUGAUUUGGUGCCUGAUAAGACUGGUCUGGCUGGUCCUUGUAAAGACUUUGAAGCGAUACUGAAAAAGGUUGCUGAAUACAAGGAGCCUGUAUUUGAAGCUGGUGACAUGCAACAAGGAAAAUAUUCUCCUAAGUCUGAAGUGUGGGAGAAGCAGUAUGAUCCAUUACACAGUAUUCUGAGAGCUGUUCAUAAAAGAGACAUACAGAGUGCUAUGGAUAGAUAUACUGCAUAUGUUAAGAAUACUGGUAAGUUUAGUGGAUCUCUAUGGCCGCCUUUCCAGCCUCUUAGGAUGAUACAUGGAUCGUUUAACGGUUUAAGACGGUUGUUGCAUUCUAGGACAUUGCAUGGAAUGAUCUUUGUCUUAUUAUACAAGGCAUUACAUGAUAAAAAUGUGACUGAACCGAUUAUGUACUUGAGUUUAUUACUACUAGACAUGGCUGUGGAUUGCCCGUCAUAUGCAGCAUCAAAGAAGAGAGAAGUUUCAGAUUGUGUACUUGAUAAGAAUUUCAAGUUUUGGUUUCCAAUGGAUUUUAUUUUGGCCAAUCUCAAACACACUAUCAAAGAAGUACGAGUUCCGAAAAUGAACACUGUGUCAAGAACUACCGCUGCAAAUGCCACAGCUAAUGCAGACCUGUUACUUGAAUCUAUGUUAAAUGAUGAAGUGUUUGUAUUGGUGUCAUCUGCUGGUCUUUUAUCGGCAGGACCUGGUUUUGUUACUGAUGCUGUAUCCAGUGAGAUAACAGCGAUGCAAGACAACGUAGAUAGCGAUAGCAGCGAUGGUGAAAGUAUGGAUACAAGUGAAGCAGAGACAGCUAGUACAAGCACAGCAUCAUUAACCCAGGUAACGUCACCGGGACAGACUCUUAAUACCGCGGGGCAUACACCAGCUCCUACUCCAUCAUCAUUAGCCUCUAUACUGUCAUCUGGACAGACACAAGCAGCAUCAUUACAAGCAGGUAGUAGUGGCCCUAGCAUGAUUCCUAAGACAUCUAGUAGUACAGCUAGAAGUAGAACAGCAGUGCCUUCCACUGAGACGAUACAAGUCAAUGAAAGCUUAUUAAGUCUGUUAGUGAAGCUACACUCUAAAUUGUCUGGGAAAGAGAACUCUUAUAAACCCCCAACAAAAGACAGUAAAGUUGAUUCAAGUUUACAUGCUGGUGAUGGACCGUAUUACAUAAAGAGAUUUCUAGAUAAAGUGACGAGAUUAAGCAAUGAUUGCAAGAAAAUAUUGGAGAAUAUUUGUCAUGUGCAAUUGGAGCAAGGUGAUACGGAAUGUACUGAAAAAGAUUCAGUUGCUGAAAGGAGACGGAAAGCAAGGGAAAGACAACAAAAACUACUGGCACAGUUUGCAUCCAAACAGAAGAAAUUUUUGGAGCAAUCCAUGGAAGCUGAUGUUGUUGAAGACAGCGUUGGCACUGAGGAGCCAGCCAUGCAGGCUACUCGUAAGCCAGUAGUUGUUGAAUAUGACUGUGUUAUAUGUUCACAAAGCUCUCCCACAACAUUGGACAAUCCCAUGGGAAUGGUUGUACUGUUGCAGUCCACAAGUGUGCUGGGUCAUAGGUCACAGAAUAGUGAUUCAUGUCAGUUACCAGUUAGUGAUAGUAUGACAUUGUACCAAGGUAACCUGUGCAGCUCAGUACAUGAUGUCAGGCUGAGUACUUUACAGAAGUACUUUAAUGAAGAAUCCUGCUUACUGUCUAUGUGUAUUGGUUGGGAAGGCGGUGUGCAUGUCCAGACAUGUGGUCAUUGUCUACACUUACAUUGUCAUAAGUCGUAUAUGCAGUCUCUGAGGACUGAGCAGGUUCACAUGACGCAGAACUUAGCUGUGUCACGUGGUGAAUUCACUUGUCCAUUAUGUCGACAGUUGUCAAAUGGAGUGUUACCCAUAACACCACAAGCUACUAGCUUGUCGGGUGAAUUGCCUGCUAAAGUAGUUGAUCAUUGCACUAUGACACAGCAGUUAGCAGCCGCCUUAAAUAAAUACCAGCGUCUUCCGACAUCUCCAUUGACAACUGCUAUGGGGAGUAUCAUGGUAGACAUAUCUAAAGCAACCACUCCAACAUAUCAGAAUUAUGGCAAGCCAGAUUCUUCAGAAAACAUUUUUCUUUUUUUCUACUCUAUAGCAAGAACCAAUUUAGAAUUAGAACUGGUUAGAAGAGGAGGUGCUCUUCUUGAUGUUUUAAGUAUGCACUGUACAACAGUUGUCAAGUUACCAUUAUUAACAAGAUGGUCCCGUCUUACACAGAUAUACAAGGACAGUGAGAAGAAAAGUGUAACAGUUGAUAAGAAAGAUGUGCCUCUAUUAUAUCAAGAUGCGAUAGCUAUGUUACUUCAGUUUGUACUUUCAUUGCCACAGCCCUUACGAAAAGAUCAAUAUUUAUGCAUAGUCAAAUGCAUGUAUUCCUUGCUUUACAUUCAAUCCUUGGCUAUUGUAAGUUGUAGAUUCCCAGAGGGGGAAAGAAUAGCCUGGCAAGAAAAUGGACGCAAGUGGAAAAUUGAGGAUGAAGAUUUCACAUUGGAAGGUUUAUUAAGUCAUGUCAUUUCAUUAUUGACACCAUGUUGGCUUUACCUGGAUGCAGAUAUGUUACCAGGCAUUGCUAUUUGUCAAGCUGUGUGGUCACCACAGAGUGUAGAGGAUUCCAUUCAACAGCAUUGUCUUCCAUUUCUAAUAUCUGCAUUAUUACAACAUUUCAUCUUCAAAGAAUCUCUUCCAAUCUGCCAGAAUGAAGAUUUGGAGUUUGAAGUGCUGGUGAAUUAUCUGGGGUUAUGUAGAGUAUCUCAACCAAGUCAGUCAAGACAAGUCGUAUACAGUCUACGAUGUCUACACUUUGCUCAUAGUAAUCCCAAGCUGGUCAUUAAAAUGUGGUGUGAAGAGUUGAGUAAGUUUGUUUGGAAGCAACAGCAGACUAGUAAGAAUUUAUUAUUAUAUAACCCGACUUUCUAUGCACCAAGACUAUUAGAACUACCGCAAAGUUAUGAUAAGUUAUUUCAGUAUUAUCGAAAGAAAACAUGUCACGUUUGUUGCCAAGUACCAAAAGAACCAGCUGUGUGUCUAGUCUGUGGUACUGUGGUUUGUCUGAAAAGCGAUUGCUGCAAACAUGACAAUAAAUUGGAAUCUGUGCAGCACGCUAUGAACUGUGGAUCUGGGACUGCUCUUUACCAAGGAAUUAAUUCCUCUACUGUUAUAAUAGUCCGGGGUCAAAGGGCAUGUUUGUGGGGAUCACUGUACUUAGACAGUCAUGGUGAAGAAGAUAAAGAUUUAAGACGUGGUAAACCGCUGUAUCUCAGCAAAGAGCGGUUCAGAGUAUUACAACAGUUAUGGCGUCAACUUGCUGUAGAUCAUUCGUGUAAGAGAUGGGUAUGGCAUAAUAAUUCACUCUGAUUGGUCAAUACAGUCACAUGAUAAUUUCUAGCCAAACUGACAUCAUGGUUCAAAUAUGUAUCGUUUUUUGGUUUUUUUUGUAACGAUACAAUACAAAAUAGCCGACUAGUAGCCAUUUCGUGUUUUAAAUACGUCUUAUACGUAGAUUGGUAUAUGAACAUAUCAAUGAUUUCAUUUCAUAUAUAAUAUUGACAUUAUAUAUUGUAACAGUUAUACAUGGCUAAAUUUUGCUGCAGUUUAUUCACCAACAUUAUUUAGUCAGUACCUUGCAACAAGCAGUGUAAGAUUGACAUUUUCAAAUUAGAAUUUAAGGCAGUUUGCGUAGAGUUAAAAUUCAUGUUACUGCAGAUAUGCAAUGCAUUAUGGGAGACAACCUCUCAUUGUAUGUAAUGGGGAAACUGUUACCUCCCCGGAAAUUCGCUAAAUUAAUUUUGAUAUUCACA